GAGAGAACACCGCUUUCCCAGUACGUCCCAGUAAGCUCUACUUUUAUAAUACAUGUCUCUGUGAUUAGUUAUCUUCUCUGAGUCCAGUCAGUACCGGUGUCAUGGCAUCAGCACAGGACCGAGCGGUUCUGCAGGCCAUCUUCAACCCCAACACCCCAUUCGGAGAUGUGCCUGGAUUAAAUCAGGAGGAGGAACUCACGGAUAAUGACUCUUCCUUCGACCCGGUUCUGCUGCAGCAGGUGAAGGAUCUGGAGCUGAGGGGCGUUUCUGCUGCAGAGGCUGGAGACCUACAGACAGCACUGAGUCAUUUUAACCAGGCGGUUCAGAUCCUGCCCUCCAGAGCCUCGGCCUACAACAACCGGGCCCAGGCCAAACGCCUGCAGGGGGACACUACAGGUGCCAUCGAGGACUUGGAGCGGGCUAUCUCCCUGAGCGAGGGCACGGGGCGCUCGGCCUGCCAGGCGCUGGUGCAGCGUGGGCUGCUGCUCAGGCUGGCCAAGAAAGACGAGGAGGCCCGGGCGGACUUUGAGAGAGCGGCGGCGCUGGGCAGCGAGUUCGCCCGACAGCAGGCUGUUAUACUGAACCCGUACGCCGCUCUAUGCAACCGCAUGCUCUCCGAGGUCAUCGGCAAACUGCGCAACCCAGACCUGCCAGAGAUGCAGUAGAGAUGGAGGAACACACGGCACAGUUCAUUAUAUAUACAGAACCAGUCAAAAGCUCAUUCAAUUUGUUUUUUUUUCUAUCUUUUAAUGAUUUUUUUUUUUACAUUGUAAAUUUAAUAUUAAAUACUAUAUUAAUGUUAUACAGGUACAUGUGAAAUUAUAGUACACAAAACGUAUUAAACAAACCAAAAUAUUAUUACAAUAAUAUUUUAUUAUUAUUUAUAUAUAAAAGUACCAUUUUUUAAGACAAUAACAAGACUAUAAUUUUCAAGGCACACCGGAUUAUAAAACUCAUUUUAAGAGAUACUAUAAGGAAUUUAUAGUAGGUCUCCCUGCUAAAUAAGUUAAGUAAACCUAAGGCUAAGUGAACAAAACUGCAAUAAAGUCAAACGAGUGCUGGAUGUUAAUCUACACAGAUUUCUCUCCUGAAAACUGUUUAUUAGGGUGAGUAAAGCUCUCAUGUUUAUUUAAAGUUAGCUUAGAUUACCGAAUUUCUCCAGCAGUAAGGCUAGAGCAUUAGCAUCCGUAGUGUUCUGGCAGCAGGCUACAGGCCGAUAAUACUCACCUCUGAACAGGGAAAUGGCGGUUAGCAGCUAAUGCUAAUGCUACUCCAGUCUCAGUGCUGAGGAGAACUAAACUGAAACUCCCAUAUAGUGCUGUACUUCAGCAGAGUGGCUUUACUGCUCCUUACAACCGGACUGGUAGAAUUCAUACAUAAGACGCACCAGAUUAAAAGGCGCACUGAAUAUUUUUUGGGAAAAUUAAAGUGUUUUAAGUGCUCCUUAUAGUGCGAAAAAUGCUGUACACAUACUUGGUAUUUUAAUCUUAGUGUCUUCAUGAGGAAGAGUCACCUGGAAAAGUUUUCUCAGUGUCUUGAAGGAGAAACAAUAGCUCCAGCUCAUUCCACAUCAACAUCUCAGUAGAUCCGGUUUAGGUAAGGGGAUUGUGGAGGGGAAACACUUUUUUGUUUACUACAUAAUUCCAUAUGUGUCCCUUAAUUGUUUUCAUGUCUUUAAUAUUAAUCUACAAUGUAGAAAACAAAUUACAUAACAAAAUAAUAAAAAAAAAAAACAUUGAAUUGAACAUUGAGAAGAUAUGUCCAACUUUAGACUAGUGCUGGUACUGAUACUGAUAUAUAUAUAUAUCAGUACCAGUAUUUAUCAGUACCAGUAUUUAUAUAUAUAUAUAUAUAUAAUAUAUAUAUAUAUAUAUAUAUACAGACAUUAACACACAUGUAAAUGUAUCAAGUCAAACGUAUCUGCUGGAGUCAACAUGUGGACAUGGAUGUGGACAUAAUGUAUUGUAAUUCAAUGAUGUUGCUCAAUAAUAAAAGUGCAAUUUUUAUAA